AGAGUGCGUUAGUUUGAACUUUAAGAAGCUUGUAAAAAUCAUACUGUCAAGUUCGUGUAUACAUUUAAUUGUCAUUUGAACAAAGUUUUAUCGUCGAAGAAUAAUCAUUUUUGGUGAAAUAUACGACAUUUGUUAUUAAAGAAUAAUAAAAGUAUUACAUUCGAAAAUAAUUUGUCAAUAUGAGUGGUUCUCCGGAGUCGAAGAAAACAGGAGAAUUGACUUCAAAUAAUCCUGAUCAAUACGAAUUCGAUGGAGAACACUAUGUAUACGUGGAUAAAACAACUAAUGUGAAAUACAAGUUUGAUCAAGUGAAAAAUCAGUGGGUCCCUGAAGAUAAAGGCCAAACCGAAGCUGUUAAAGAUGAUGAAAAGAAAGAGGAAGCCAGUGGACCUGCAGUAGCUGCACCAGGUGGAGUUUAUGGUUUUGAAAAUGAUACUCACACAUAUACAGACCCUAAUGAUGGUAGUGUUUAUAUUUGGGAUCGAGAGAAGAACGCAUGGUUCCCCAAAGUGGAUGAAGAUUUUAUGGCUAGAUAUCAAAUGAGCUACGGAUUUGUAGAUCCAAAUGCAACAGAAUCAUCGAAAAAGUUACCAGAAAAGUCUGUACAACUGCCUCCUCCUCAACCAAAGCUGACAAAAGAACAGAAAAAAGCAGAAGCUAAAAGAAAAUCUCAGGAGCCACCGACUUGGUUCGAGAUAGAUGAGGCCCACAAUACUGCUAUCUACGUUUCUGGAUUACCUUUGGACAUCACUAUGGAGGAACUUACAGAACUCUUCAACAAAUGUGGUCUUAUUGCAAGGGAUGAGAAAAACAAAGACAAGAUCAAGUUGUAUAGGGAUCAUGUGGGAGAAUUGAAGGGUGACGCUCUUUGCACGUAUAUCAAGGUGGAGUCAGUCGAAUUAGCAUUGAAAAUUCUCGACGGAUGGAAGAUAAGAGGGAAAACGUUGUCGGUGCAAAGGGCUAAAUUUCAAAUGAAGGGAGAGUACGAUCCGGCGUUAAAACAAAAACGAAAAAAGAAGGAUAAAGAUCGACAGAAGAAGAUCCACGAGAGAUUAUUCGAUUGGAGGCCAGAUCGUUUACCGGGGGAGCCAUUAAAAUGCGAAAGGGUUGUAAUUAUUAAAAAUCUUUUCUCACCUGAGGACUUCGACAAGGAAGUUGCUUUGCUUUUGGAAUAUCAACAGGACAUUAGACAGGAAUGUCUUAAAUGUGGAGACGUUAAAAAAGUCACUAUAUUUGACCGACAUCCUGAAGGCGUUGCUCAGGUAACCUUUCGUGAGCCUGCUGAGGCUCAAGCUUGCGUACAGUUGUUAAAUGGACGUUGGUUUAGUCAAAGAAAAGUAUCAGCCGAAAUUUGGGAUGGGAAAACGAAAUACAAAAUUAACGAAACGGAUGCUGAGAUCGAGGCGCGAUUAGACAAAUGGGACAAGUUUUUGGAGCGAGAAGAUGAAAAAGAGAAGAAAGGAGGCGGCGAAGGUGGAAGCUAAGAAGAAGAAGAAGAAGAAGGUGGAGGGGAAAGGGCUUGAAGAAGACAAAGAAAUCGGAGCACAAGCCCUUCGGAUUAGAGAGAAGCAGGGUGUAUAAACAAUAUAAGAUGAUAAAUAAAAUUGCAACGAUUUUGUUCCGUCAAUUAUUUUUUAGACAAGGAUUGGAAUCGUCGACGAGAUAGAUACAGGGGAGAAAUAAAUUUGAUUUUUAUUUUAUUUUUUAUAUUAUAUUUGGGUCAAAACCCUGGUCGAUAUAUUACAGUAAGUAUUUCUUUUUAUAUGCGUUCCAAAUUAUUUGUAAUUUCGAUCAUUUUAUCAUAUCCAAGUCGUCUCGCGCUAUAUUAUUGCUGAUUAGUAAACCCAUUGUAGCCUUGUUUAACAGUUUGUUAGCGGUUGUAAAUUUAAAAAAAGAAAAAAAAAACAUUAUAAAAAAAAAAAGAAAAGAAGAAGAAGAAACAAUAAAUAAGAUUUUUUCGAGGCAUAUUCUUUCUUAAAUCUUCCAUCGUCGGUGUAUCAAUAGCCGACGCAUUGCAAGUACAAAAUAUAUUAUCAUUGCAAAUCGAAUAAUCUUCGAUUUAUAUACGGUAAUAUAAAUAUUAAAUAGCAACCAGUCUUAUGUGUAGUAUUAACACAAAGUACGUAAAGCCAUUCCUUACGGAAAUACCAACGAUAUUUCUUUAUCGUAGAAAACCUUUUUGUUGUAGUAGAUUUAUAUAUAUAUAUAAUGCAUUUGUUAAUAGUAAGCGUGUGUAAAAGUGAACAAUCCUUUUCUCUCUCUAUCUCUCUCUCUUCCUCCCUCUUCCUCACCCAGUUCACUUUUGUCCCGCACUCCAUAAAACGUCGAGGGAUAAUGUAAAGCGUUACAUUACUGACGUUCUUCGGAUUACGCGAUGCAAUUUGAUCGAAACGCGUUUGGCGUGCUUCGGCAUACGAGAAGAGAUCAUACGGAACAAGCCGAAGUGACUGACCUAGGUUCGACUCGAGCGUUCAAGACGAGAAAGCGCAUUCCCCCUUUCUUUUUGGAAUUUUUCUUUUUUUUUUUAACUAUUUUUUUUCUUUUUCGUAUUUUCGGUUAGGUCAUAGAAAAAAAGUUUUAAGUUAAUCGGCCAACAAAUCCCAUACACACAUACACAUACACAUACAUACAUACAUACAUACAUACUACAUAUAUAUAUGUAUACAUAAAUCUAUUGUAUUAGUUUUAUUACAAUUGUAAGAUAAUUAUUUAUCUUUAGAUAAUGUUAAUAAUAAAAAUCCUCUGAUAUAUAUAGAUAUAUUAUUCCUUACUAUUUAUAUAUUUAUUUACCAUUACGAGAUUACGAUGUUAGAAUUUCUAUUAAAUUAUUAAUUAACAUCGCGUUGAUUUGCUGAUAUUGUAAAAUUAAUCGGAAAUUACAAAAUGAUGAAACAAUAUGUGUUAGCAUUGAAGGUAACAGUAGUCGUGAAGGAGGAUUUGGAAGAGAAGAAAAAACAGAACGAGAGAGAGAGAGAGAGAGAGAGAGAAAGGAGAGGAAGGUAGAUUCUCCUGGAAUUCCCUAAUUUGCUAUUUUGGCAUUCCUGGCGAUCCUUAUGUUGUGCCCCGUUCGUGGGACUUCUCUCCUAAGAGGCUGUUGCCGAUCUGUCAAAAAACGCGAUUCUUCGGUCGCCGCCACGGCCUUCUUCUUUUUCCCCCUUUCUUUUUUCUCUAUUCUCGGUCAGAGUAUCCGAAUGUUGGAAGAAAGAAGAUCAGUGUUCUCUCUCGUUUAUCAGAAACAACAAAUUCUGGUUAGGAAGUUAAAUUACGGCGAGUGGUGCGACCGAUUGGUUUGUUGUUAAUCUCUCGAUUGAUUCAUAGAAUUUAAUUAUAAAAAAGGAAAAUGAGAAUAAGGAGAAUACACGUUAUGUCAUCAUUUUUUGUAACAAGUAAUUAGACCUCAUGUAGCGUCUAAUGGCGUAUUCGUUAAAUAUAAUGAGCCAAUCCGUGUAAUUGUGAUAUGUAAAAUGACUAUAAUUAUGAGAGAUUUCUUCUGUGGUAUGUUAAAACAACGACAUAUUUAUUAUAAUAUAUUAUAUUG